UCUCUCCCGGUGGCUUCAGUCGUGACCAGCGCCGCUCGUUGUCGUCGGCGGCUCUCGCUCCCUCCCUCGGUCCGUCGGUGUGUGUGUGUGUGUGUGGCGGCCCCGCACCAGCUAAACACAUACAUUUACAGGUCGGGGAAAAGCCCCACACAAUACUGAAAAGAUGAAGACCAGGUUGUUGUUCUGUCUGCUGGUGGCGGCGGUGGCGGCGGAGCCCAGCGUCUAUUUUACCGAGAACUUUAACGAUGGAGAUGCCUGGACACAGAGAUGGGCUGAAUCGAAGCACAAAACUGAUUAUGGAAAAUUCAAGCUGACUGCUGGCAAAUUUUUCGGUGAUGCAGAGAACGAUAAAGGACUCCAGACAAGUGAGGAUGCCAGAUUCUAUGCACUGUCAGCAAGGUUUGACCCCUUCAGCAAUGAAGGGAAGACCCUUGUUGUCCAAUUCACAGUCAAGCAUGAGCAGACCAUCGACUGCGGAGGUGGCUACGUAAAGAUCUUCCCUUCAGGCCUUGACCAAGCUGAUAUGCAUGGAGACUCGGUCUACAAUAUUAUGUUUGGCCCUGACAUCUGUGGCCCAGGAACAAAGAAAGUCCAUGUCAUUUUCAACUACAAAGGAAAGAAUCACUUAAUAUCCAAGGAUGUUCGUUGCAAGGAUGAUGAAUUCACACAUCUGUAUACCCUUAUCGUCCGUCCUGACAAUUCUUACGAAGUAAAAAUUGACAACCAGAAAGUAGAAUCGGGUAGCUUGGAAGAAGACUGGGAUUUCCUGCCACCAAAGACGAUUAAAGAUCCAGAAGCCAAGAAACCAGAGGACUGGGAUGAGCGUGCAAAGAUUGAUGAUCCCGAGGAUGUAAAACCUGAGGACUGGGAUAAGCCAGAGCAUAUUCCUGACCCUGAUGCCAAGAAACCUGAAGAUUGGGAUGAUGAGAUGGAUGGGGAAUGGGAGCCACCUAUGAUUCAGAACCCCGAGUACAAGGGUGAAUGGAAACCAGCACAGAUUGAUAAUCCAGAUUACAAAGGAAAAUGGAUUCAUCCUGAAAUUGACAAUCCAGAGUAUACUCCAGACUCCAACCUGUACAGUUACAAAGAUAUCUCUGUGAUUGGCCUGGAUUUGUGGCAGGUUAAAUCUGGAACAAUAUUUGAUAACUUCUUAAUCACAGAUGAUGAAAAAUAUGCUGAGAAGGUUGGAAAGGACACCUGGGGAAACACCAAGGAUCCUGAAAAGAAAAUGAAGGAGCAACAGGAUGAAGAGGAGAGGAAGAAACGCGAGGAAGAGGACAAGAAAGAUAAGGUGGACGAUGAGGGUGAUGAUGAGGAAGACGAAGAUGAUGAUAAGGAAGAAGAAAAGGAGGAGGACGACGAGGGAGAGGAGGACGAGGAAGAAGAAACAGAAGCUGUUCCUAAAGAUGAGUUGUAAAGAAUGUAGUAUACUGUUGGGAGAUGAAAUGGCAGCAGGGCAAUGUACAGAGAACCUUUACACAAGCAAUUGGGACCCCUUAUUGGAAUGUGCUCUUUUCAUUUUUGUUUACAAAAGGUUACAAACAUGUGGCUUGGGUUCUUUUAGUUUGGGCUUGGAAGCAAGGGACAGUUUAUUUCCUGUUUAAAACAAAAUGCAUCCACAGAAGGGACUAAUCUAGAAAUUGAGUACUAAAUUACUGAAGGUUUUGCCUUCAAUGUGGGUUGGGGGAAGCAGCAGUUCCAAUGUGAAUGUGGAACUAGAUUGUUUUGCACAAUGACGACAUCCACUUGACUGCAAUGAAGUAGCCACAAUUUAAGUCUGGAAAUCAACUGAGCGGCAUUUAUCAAUACAGGCUUCAUCAAUAUUUUUUUUGACUGGGGAUUUUCACUUUGGUUUUCGAAAGGGUCAACCCCUCAGUAAAAUGUUUUGCAGUCAUUUCAGGCUUGGUAGGGUUUCCAUGCUGUUGAUUUAACUUGUUUCUAUGUGUCUUGUACACUGAAGAGUGUAUUUAAGCCUGUCUGAAAUUUUGCAGUUGAUGCCUGUUGAUUUUCCAGCACGCACUGGUUCAGAUUUAUUCAACCACUUGGUUCCUUAAACGAUUAAAUCUGGUGGUGGGUAUUUUGCAUUCAAUGGGAAUGAUCUGAAUUAAAUUAGAACAUUUUCACUUCCAUGGGUUUACCAUUAACGGGCUUCAACUGUAAGUGUAAUUGUACAACUGCCUUUGCUCAUUCAUUUGGAGAACAAUUAGGUCUUGCAGGACUGCACAGAUUAAAUAAUUUUUUGGCUCUUUCCAAAUCCAGGGUCUACUUUGUAUUUUGCAUUCUUUAUAUAGGGGUUUCAAGAGGAGGAGGAAAAUCUUUAUUUCCAAAAAAUACAAAACAAAACUUAAUUUCUGUACAGACCAAGACUAAAGUUUGUCAUUUUAAUCUGUUAUUUAAAUGUUGUAAAUUGGUGAAUUAAUCGAUGACCGUGUUUUUGGAAAACUUAAGUUCUGUGUGCAAUACAGAUACGUUUGAUCACAUUUCUACAAUAAAUACCAAAUGGAAGUGA